AUGUGCAUGACUGUUUUGUGGCUGAUGAGUGUAAGCUUGUUGCUUAGCCCGUCUCUGAGCUGCUUUCAGUGCUUCGUUGAUCUACUAGACAGUGGUCGUCUGUGUUCAGGUCUCAUUUUAACUCGGCACAAUGUUAGAAAUGUAGACGCCUGCUUCAGGAUGCUGGACCGUAUCUUCAACAACAACGAGAGGGUAAUUGAGGCUGGAAGAGUAGGUAAGGGCUAUGACAAACAGCUGAAAGAACUCUUGGAUUUAGAGAUCCUGCCCAUAGUGGAGGAGUUUGACAAAAAGGAGAAUAAAGACACAGUGUACGAGCAAAGGUUGCAGACAGCAGCAGACAAUUUCAUCGCCGCUGCCUCCAAACUGCCCAGAGGUGAGACGUGUCUCUGGGUGUUUCCCCCCAUAAAAGUUAUUUAUGACUUCCAUGCAUCAGGUUUCCAGAGUGCAGGCGCAGUAUAUAACUGUGUUACCUGCAAGUAUGACUCCUGUGAAUUCCCUCUGGACUGUCCAGUUAAAGAUAUUCAAGUAAUGGAGAACAGCAGAAGCCAGGUGCAAUGUGAUGUGCCAUUUCGCCUACCAAAUGAUAUUGAGGUGAUCUGGAGGUUUGCAGAGGAGCUGAAAACCCGGCAGGUGGAUCAGUUUAAAGAAGUGACCGCAGGGAUGGACAAGCUCUACUCAAUCCGUUCAACCAGCCUGCACCAUCAGGGCACAUACCAGUGUGAGAUCUACUCCGGAGCACGCUCCAUUGUCAGACUAUACUACUACCUCACAGUGACCCCCCAGGUUGUGGUCGGCCACACAGAGCUACAAGAAAUAUUUGACAUGUCUCUGCUCCCAGGAGGACGUUUAGUCCCUGCGCCCGAUGGAUCUCUCCACUCCCCCCUACUCCUCCCCUCACCCCUGCUUCUCACCGCAUGCUUAACAUUUGUGCUUCUGCUGCUCUUCCUUUCCCUGGGGGCUCUUUAUUUAUCAUCAAAAAUAACCAAUGACGCUGAACAAGAAAUUGGAGAUGAAGAUUUAGGCUUCUUUAGUGAAAGCAAAGAGCAAUAAAGGCAUGUCAUCAAUCCUCUGGUUUUCAAAAGGCUCUUAUGUCAUGGCUGAAAGAGAGCCUGUUUUCAACACUUUUCACCACUAGAUGGCAGGAUGUACAUCAGUAUCUGUUGACCCCUCUCUACACUGAGCUGCAACAUUUACUUGGACACUACCGAAGAAAUGUUCUUUUUGCUCUAGUCCAACAUUCAUCUAAAAGUGAUUCUUUGCAUUGUCAAAUUUCAGAAGAUAUACUUUUUAAUAUUCAUGCAUUUUAAAUUAUUUUAAACUAGAAAAUAAAUUAAUCCAAAGGAAUAUAGCCCUUUAAAAAGUAAGAUAAUGAAUGAUCAAAAUUUUGAAAUGUUGACUAUUUUGUCAAACACUUACAACUUCAACUGGCGUGAAAUUUUGAAUGAUGUUCCUGAACUCGUAAAAGAUUAUUUUAAUGUUGCUGCUUUCACUUUAGAAAAUAAACAAUUUUACUUUUGGUUUCAACAGCCUAUCACAAGGUAACAUAGUACAUUAUUUAUUUGUAUCAACUCAAAAUAAAUUUGCUUUUGUUUGGCGUGACGCUACGGAAAAAUAUAUACAGGCAAAACUGAAAAAAGUUGGGUAUAAUCAUAAUGGUCUUGGUUGCACUUUCAAUGGCUGAAAAAGUCCAAGAUGUAAAGUAGCAGGUGUUUGACUCAGGGACAUCCAUAGAGGUGCUGAUAGAGCUGUAAAAUGGAAAUGUAUUUGUAAAGAAAGUUUAGGCUUCUUUUGAGCUGCUGUUUUUUCGCUCGCGGGCUGUUAGGACACUCCAAUAGGAAACAAUAGAAUUAGAAUAUUUACAGUCUAUGAAUUAGAUUUUGACGCUGUUAGGACACGGUGUUACAGUCUGCCUAAACAGACAGGCCUUCAGGUGACCACAAGGUGACAGCAACGCAAUUUUGCAUGAGAAAUACAGAAUGAUAAAAAGAAUUGAACUUGUUAUACAUUAACAGUGUGUCAGAUAAUAUGUGGUUGCUAAAACAAAACAAAACAUUGAGUGAAUACAAUCUGAAUAAUGUGGUGGGAUGGGGAAGUACUUCUUUUGCAACAGAUAUUUACACAAAGUGUGACACUCUAGUCAUAUUUGCCAACAUGUCAUUUUUUAAAAAGAUUCUAGGACCUUUCAAGGUUGAAUGCCUCACCCAAACUUCUCUGAUGUCAAAGUCUGCCUUUGUGGUCUGUUGAUAAGUGAAUGGCUGAACUCCUCAAUCAUGACAUAGCAUAUACAGUAUAUCUUAAUAUACUGAGGUCAGAGCUGGCUCUUUGACGUAAACUUAUCAAGAGUUAGUAUAAAGGGAUGUCGCUAAAAAUGUAUUAGAUAAGUAAAAAGAAAUAGGGGAUUAGUUAAAUAACUACUUUAAAAAAUGUUAAAUACUGUUUUUUAUCCAUCACCUGAAAAAUAACAGUAAUUGUUGUUACUUUAACAAAUUAUUAUUAUAGUUUUUCUUACAAUCUCCAAAUUUUCAUUUCAUGUUGCACAUUAUUUUUUGACACAUUUUUUCGCGACAGUUUCCACAAAAAGCUAAACUGCUUUGACUGAGGAGAGAUAUCAGCUCAUACUUUUGUCCUGACAACCCUUCUUAAUUCUCCACACAAGGUUUCUUUAACCUUCUCCAAAUCUUUCGACAUUGUGAAUCACUGCAUUGCCCCAAGGCUGCACAUAACAACGGUAUACACUCUUGACCCUGUUUCUGUUUACAAAUGUAUUACCUUUAAUGAACUUCCACUACCUACCAGCUACACAGUCCAAAGACUGUAAAGUCAUCCAUUAUUUACACUCCACUUUCAUGGUGGUGGCUGUGGCUUUUCUGGUCUAUCCAAUCCAUCCCUCCUUUUGAUACAAACACCAAUCAAUUAUGCAUAUAUAAUGUAAUGCUUUUAUAAAUAAUCAUGUGUCCCCCUCAGUCUUGCUAUGUAGAGGUACUCAGGGGUCUAUCCUCGGACCAUUCCAUCUUUCAUCUCUGCAUUAAAUCUCAGAAAAAGCUACAUAUUUUCACUUUUUACAUGAAUGGAAAUUGUUUAAUUCAGCACUAGUUAUGCAAACGCAGAUAUGGUUGCUUGUUAUAAAGAAUUCAACUCACCCUUUGAUUUACAAGUGUCAGUGACUCUGGAAGAUAUAGUUUGUAAUGGACUCUAAAUAUAACACAUGUACUUCCCUUUAUCUGCCCAUACUUAAAAUGUACUGAUAAGAUGAACUGAUAAAAACAAAGCAGAGAUAUCUAAUUUUCCAUCAGGUCAAAAUUAUCGAAUGAUUUGUGUGCAGGAUUUACAAAUUAUCGAUACAUUACAGAAGCUGCACCAAAUUAAAUCCAUACUGUUCAACUUUUAAUAGUUAUAAUAUUGAUUACAACAGGAAACAUAUCUGAAACAUAUCUAUCUUACA